AUGUGUGCCACUCAACGUCGGGGGGCAGUCUAUCAAUCCAGUAACCCCAACUCACAGUUCUUCUCGGCGUCACAGAGUCUCCGGCGCGGAAAUCGAGCUCGGCAUUCCGACUCCCUCUCGCCAUCUUACGAUAACCUCGAUUCAUCCGGGUCGUUACAGGGCGAUGACAGAUUUAUAUACAAUGCCAUCAGAGUCAACACCCCAAAUGAAUCCCACUCUCGCUUCUAUGCCUCCUUCACUCAUGAGAAUCCCGUCCACGAACCAGGUCUUGCAGUAAACAUGGCCAUGUUCGUUCCAACUGGUUCACAAGACGGGCCCUCCCCAUCCGGCAGUCCAUCCAAGAGAAGAAGACCAGCUCGAAUAGCCAAAAAACCCGGCCACCACUCGAAAAUGUUCUCGGAUCAGUAUGUGCAGACCCCACGCCGGUUCAAGCCGUCCUUAAAUGGAUCAACCAUAAAGCCAACAACCUCUCACCGGUCACUUCGCACGGCCGUUUCCCUCGGAGCAAAUGAUGACAACUCACACAGACCGAGAUGGCCCGCGAAUAUGGGAGCUGCAGUGACGCCUGUCCAACCUCGAUACCCACCACCAGAAAGAACCCCUACACCUCCCGGUCUUCCCUCCUUCGGUACUCCCGAGGCAAUGCGUUACUCUGCGCGGUUUAUGGCCCGAGACAACAAUACACGCCUGAGUCGACAUGCUGGUCAUGCUGAUGAACGAACAAGCCCGUACAUUGACUGUUUGAGACGAUUUUUUGGUUUAUCUUCUUCGGCGUCGCGUAUCAGUGGGCUUUCUGUUGUUGGGAUUGGAAGAGCUGAAGACGGAACACUCGUGCAGGGUCGGUUUCCGUAUCGACAGAGUGGCCAUGGAAUGAGUGUAGCGCGGCAAUUGAAUGAACAUCCGUUUCAUGAACGCUUUCUUCCUGUGGCGAGCCCCGCCGUUGUCUACCCUGGUCGCGAGGCCGAUGUCGAAGCUGCAUACGUGAAGGAGACUUCUCGUCGCUCUAACAGACUUGUUCAACCGUUGGUCAAUUCUUCGCACGGACGACUUUUAUCUCCCGGUAGUCCUCUUCCUUCGAACCCGGCUCCUGUUACGGUCCGUCGACCUGGGCAACCAAGGCCGUCGGCACUUCUCCACCUACCACGCAAUUUGUACGGUCUAGACGGAUCACCCAGAAGUGCUGCACCUGCAGUGCCGGUGGAAAGCUCUGGUCUAGGAAUAAGGGCACUCGGAGACCACUAUCCAUCCAACCCCUCGCGUCUACAAUCCGUCCUUACAAUGGCUGUCCGUGGCGGUGGAGACAACGAGCCUAACACAGGCAGGUCGGUGUGUCCAAACGCCCUAUCCUGGGUCAACCCUCAAACAUGUCUGAGCUGCUGUUUGGGCGGCACUGACAACGAGGAAGCCGAUGAGCCCCUCGAUGUGGUCAGCUCUCGGGAUACAUAUACUACUGCCAGGAGCCAGGUAUUGCUCGUCGAAUCUCAGAAUGAACCAUCUACCGGGGAUAAACGUUCCGGAUACUGUGGCCUUCGGUCUUGGGUCUCUUCUAUGUACAACCCCACUGUUGUAUAG